UCUUUGUAUUAUGAUGUGGCAUCGCUGUAAAAAAGAGAACUGUCAAAAGUAGUAAACAACACGCGCUACAAUUUUAUUAUUUUUACACAUUUUACCAUAAAUUUACAAAAUUAUUAAUAAAAUCAACAGUUUAUUCGUAAAAAAAACAAAUAAUUUCUUUUCAACAUGGCUGGUGUUUUAUUUGAAGAUAUUUUCAAUGUGAAAGAUAUGGAUCCAGAGGGCAAAAAGUUCGAUCGUGUUUCUCGGCUGCACUGUGAAUCAGAAUCCUUCAAAAUGGACUUGAUAUUAGACAUUAAUUCCUGGUUAUAUCCCAUGGAACUGGGAGACAAAUUCCGUUUGGUAUUGGCUACCACAUUGCGUGAAGAUGGUUGUCCCGAUACCGGCGAAUACAAUCCUCUGGAACAGGAGGGCACUAGAGCUGAUAGUUUUGAAUAUGUAAUGUUUGGCAAAGUCUAUCGUAUUGAGGGUGAUGAAGCGCACAAUGAAGCCUCCUCCCGUUUGUCAGCCUAUGUCUCUUUUGGUGGUUUACUUAUGCGUCUGCAAGGUGAUGCCAACAAUUUGCAUGGCUUCGAGGUGGAUCAACAAAUGUAUUUAUUAAUGAAGAAAUUAGCUUUUUAAAGUAAAUUGUUGGAUUUUUCACGAUUAAGUAGAUAUUUGUUAGUGUAAAACAAAAAAGGGGUCUCAAAUUAAAAAAACAAAUGGACAUUUUUGAAGCUCAGGCAAAGACGUUUUGAGAAACCCACAUUUUGUUUUGCACUUUCCGGUAUUUUAAGUAAAACUAAUUUUAUGUUUAAAUAAAAAUUAAGAUUAUUUAAUAUUUUUUAUUAAAA